AUGUGGAUAAUAUUGUUGGUUAUGUUCUACUGCUGUUGCGGUUGCCUUUCGGGCUCCGUCAAUGACUACAAGCUGGUUAUAGACGAUCCGGACGUUUUCAUGCCCUGCAAGGAAGCGCCUCCUGAUGCUUUAGAUGUCACGGGCCUGUUUAACAUGGACGAGCUGGAAUUUGCUCUCGAUGGCGAGAAUAUCCAUAUAGAGGGAAAUACGACAUUAGUCUGGGAUAUUGAACCAGAAGAUCGAGUUGCGGUGUCGGGAAGAUUGUUGCAUUUCGAGCGCGGAAAUUGGGAGCCAACCAUCUUUAGCAUUGCCUCGAAUGACUUCUGUAGUAUUAUGUACGAUAAGGAUCAGUAUUGGUACCAAUAUUGGACACGAUAUGUGAUAAAUACUGAAGUUCAUUCGAAAUGUGUCACCCAUAAAGGAUCCGUAAUGCAGCACGAGCCUUUUGACCUCAAUAUGACAUUUACAAAUGUGCGUGCUACUUUGGAUGGCAAUUACAAGUUCGUUCUUACUUUGGAGGCUUUUGAUGAAAAGAAGGUUAAGCGGCCAACCAGCAUUUGCCUUGAGAUCAAAGGAGAUAUGGAGAAGCUAUAAUUUCAAGCGGUGCAUUCUUAUUUCUAAAACAGUGGUCUAUUCAGUUUAUAAAUAUGUAUUUCUAUUGGUGAUUCAAUUUUCUUUUUUGGUAAAUUGUAUGCUAAAUGCCACUUUAAUCAAUAUCAACUAUAAUCAUUGAAUUUAAUGUU